UACAAUGAUCAUAAAUCUGGCCCAUAAUCGUUUCCAAUGUCCAAAUCUAUGGAGUAUAUAAAAUGAGGGAUCUUGUUCCCAUCCCUUUUGUUCGCCGAUUAGGGUUUCUUCGGAGAAGUUGUGAGGACAAGAAUCCACCAUGGUGAACGUUCCCAAGACAAAGAAGACUUACUGCAAGAGCAAGGAAUGUAGAAAGCAUACCUUGCACAAGGUUACCCAAUACAAAAAGGGUAAGGACAGCCUUGCUGCUCAAGGAAAGCGUCGUUAUGAUCGUAAACAAUCAGGAUAUGGUGGACAAACCAAGCCUGUCUUUCACAAGAAGGCUAAAACUACAAAGAAGAUUGUGCUAAGGUUGCAAUGCCAGGGUUGCAAGCAUGUCUCACAGCAUCCCAUUAAGAGAUGCAAGCAUUUUGAGAUUGGUGGAGACAAGAAGGGAAAGGGAACUUCUCUUUUUUAGAUGCAUUAACAUUGUCAUUCACUAUAUAUUGCUGUUUAGGGAGUCAGAAUUGUGGGCUUGUUUCUGCCCUUUGCUUUUUUGUUUUGGUGUUUCUGAUAUUUGGGAACAUUUUUACUUGUUGAAUUUUGUUUAAUGUAUCAGUUUAUAAUGGAACAACUAGCUUUAUCUUCUACCCAAUGUCGUAUUAUCAGUUUGUUUGAA